GCGGGGCGUCACGACGGGUCACGACAUGGACGAAGACCGCAUGCAUGCGAGACACUAGGCUGCCCGCCACGAAGCAGCGGGUGCAUACACGUAAUACCGAUGCUGUACUCUCAAGCAAGUACACUCUUACUGCUUGCGGCAUUCGUUGUCGGCCCCACCACACUGGUGUGCAGCGAGGGGCACGGCGAGCCAGGGGUGCUGCGGGCAAAUACACAUUUAGAAGCACAGGUGGCCAGCUUGGACGGAACACCACUACUGUUUUCGUUCGCGGGCUUGAAGCCCCUGACGUCCUACGAAGUCCGCGUCUCUUAUCCUGCAACGACGCCGGCUAUAAUCCAUUUGCGCUUGGCCGCUGGGGAGCUGCAUCGGGGACAGAGCCGGAGGCUCCUUGACACCGAAAAGCUAAUCUUCUCCACGGACGCCAGCGGCAACGCACAGGGCAUCCCGGACGCGCUCGUCGAGCUGCGAGCCACUGGGCGGUUCGUGCACAGAGACGGCCCAGGAGCUGGACCGAAGCGUCUCGUGUUUAACAUCGUCUGCCAGGAGCUGUUGCUGGGGGCCGUACCCACCGACACACUCCCCGCCAUCUUUGCCUGCGUGCUGCUCGUGGUGGCCGGCUGGUCCUGUGCACCGUACUUCUCGGGGCGCGUGGUGCCGCGCUUGCUGAGCUGGGUGCUGGAGGGUCGCUGAGCCGUGGCAGCAGCAGCAGUAGCUAGCAACAGUACAGCAGCACCCAGUAACUCCACCUGCAA